AUUUUGGAUGAAAUGCUCUGAAACUGGAGAAGAGAAGAGCCAAAGUGUCUGUGGAGAAUUGGAAAUUAAGCACCGUGGAUAUAGACCUGAGGCUGCAGCGGGCUUGAUUUAUCUGCCCUCGACCCGGCCCGGGAUGGAGAGUGGCUCCGUCGAUAGGACGUGACCUGACGAAUAGCGUGUGGUGAAGAUGUUGCCUUACCACGCGUAGCGAUCGAUGAAGGAACAGUUGCCAUGCGAAGAGCCGCUCCACGUUCUUGUCGAAGGUUGCCUUUGAUUGCAUCCGUUCAAAGGAUAUAGCAGAAAUAAACCAGUGGCAUCGCUUGGAUUACUACAGGGAGGGGGGAAUCACUGAACUAUGCUCCUGAAGUGGCCGCUCCGGCUCGGUCGGGCCUGCCUGGAUAUCGGCGCCAGCCUGGAGCUGCCCUGUCUGUUCUGUGUGCUAGCUUUGGCGCUCCACUCUUGGAUGGGCGCUGCGCAGAAACUCGACGAAUCGGACCCCGUAGUGACUACCACCUAUGGAAAGUUAAGGGGCUUCAAGAAAGAACUGAACAACGAGAUAUUGGGACCUGUAAUCCAGUUUCUGGGUGUGCCUUAUGCGGCGCCCCCUACGGGGGAGAGGCGAUUUCAGCCCCCCGAACCACCCAUACCGUGGAACGAUAUACGCAAUGCUACGCACUUCGGCCCUGUGUGCCCACAAAGCAUUGUGGAGGGCAGGUUGCCUGACGUGAUGCUGCCCGUGUGGUUCACUAACGGCCUGGAGGUGGUAUCGACGUACGUGCAGGAUCAGAGCGAGGACUGCCUUUUCUUAAAUAUCUACGUGCCCACGGAGGAUGGUCCUCUAACAAAGAAACAGAAUGAUGAUUUAGGUGAUAAUGACGGUGCAGAGGAUGAAGACAUACGUGAGAGUGGAAGUCCGAAGCCCGUGAUGGUGUUUAUCCAUGGUGGAUCUUAUAUGGAAGGAACCGGAAACAUGUUUGACGGCAGUAUUUUGGCGAGUUAUGGCAACGUGAUUGUCAUAACCCUGAACUACCGGCUCGGCGUGCUGGGAUUUUUAAGCACAGGGGACCAGGCAGCCAAAGGCAACUAUGGGCUCCUAGAUCUGAUCCAAGCCCUGCGCUGGACUAGCGAGAACAUCGCGUUCUUUGGCGGCGACCCUUUACGCAUUACUGUUUUUGGAUCUGGGGCCGGCGCAUCAUGUGUAAACCUCCUCACCCUGUCUCAUUAUUCUGAGGGGAACCGCUGGAGCAAUUCAACGAAAGGUCUGUUCCAGAGAGCGAUUGCUCAGAGUGGCACGGCUCUGUCUAGCUGGGCUGUAAGUUUCCAACCAGCUAAAUAUGCCCGCAUGCUGGCCAGAAAGGUGGGCUGUGACCUGCCCGACACGGUGGAUCUGGUGGAGUGUUUGCAGAGGAAGGACUACAGGGAGCUGGUGGAGCAGGACAUCCAGCCGGCACGUUACCACAUCGCCUUCGGACCGGUCAUCGAUGGUGACGUUAUCCCCGAUGACCCGCAGAUCCUCAUGGAACAGGGCGAGUUCCUGAACUAUGACAUCAUGCUGGGUGUAAACCAGGGUGAGGGCCUGAAGUUUGUCGAGCUCGUGGUGGACGGAGACAGCGGCGUGCAGGCCAACGACUUUGACUACGCGGUUUCCAGCUUCGUGGACGAUCUGUACGGCUACCCCGAGGGCAAGGAUGUGCUGCGGGAGACCAUCAAGUUUAUGUACACGGACUGGGCGGACAGACACAAUCCAGAGACACGUAGGAAGACGUUGCUGGCGCUCUUCACUGACCAUCAGUGGGUGGCGCCUGCCGUGGCCACAGCCGAUCUACACUCCAGCUUUGGUUCACCCACGUACUUCUACGCUUUCUAUCAUCACUGCCAGACAGAGCAGGUGCCGGCGUGGGCAGAUGCAGCGCACGGAGACGAGAUCCCUUACGUCUUUGGUCUGCCCAUGAUUGGCCCCACAGAGCUCUUUCCCUGCAACUUCUCCAAGAACGAUGUGAUGCUGAGCGCUGUGGUCAUGACCUACUGGACUAACUUUGCUAAGACUGGUGACCCCAACCAGCCAGUGCCGCAGGACACCAAGUUCAUCCACACAAAGCCCAAUCGCUUUGAAGAGGUCGCCUGGACACGGUACAACCAAAAGGAGCAGCUGUACCUGCACAUCGGGCUGAAACCAAGAGUCAAGGAGCAUUACCGCGCCAACAAGGUCAACCUCUGGCUCGAGCUGGUGCCUCACCUGCACACCCUGAACGAUGUCACCCAGGUGGUCUCCUCCACCAGCACCACCACCAAAGUUCCUGCACCCGAAAUGACCCCGAGAACGCCAAAGAAGAUGCCAGCGAAUACCAAGCGCCCCUCUCCGACUCCUUUUCCUACCGAGACGCAGGACGCCAAUCAAAACCACAACCACAACCAACCAUUCCUAGUGGAGCAGCGCGACUACUCGACCGAGCUGAGCGUCACGAUUGCGGUGGGUGCCUCUCUGCUGUUUCUGAACAUCCUCGCCUUUGCUGCGCUCUACUACAAGAAAGACAAGCGGCGGCAUGACGGACAUAGGCGUGGCAGCCCUCAGCCUGCCAACGCUACGAGUCAGCUGGCACCCGUGCCCGACGAGGAGCUCAUGUCGCUGCAGAUGAAGCGCGGCGAGCUGGAGCGCGAGUGUCCGCUCGUUCUGCGGAGCAGCUGUCCUCCUGACUAUACUCUGGCCAUGCGACGGUCGCCCGACGACGUACCGCUCAUGAGCGCCAACACUAUAACAGUCAUGCCAAGCACCUUGCCCAGCACGCUCGGCCCGUUGCACCCGUUCAACAACUACGCAGGGGUGCAGCACAACAACACACUGCCCCAUCCGCAUCCCCAUUCGCACUCCACCACCAGAGUAUAGCCUCACAUAACAGUUACCCAACCUUUCUGGUGGUGGAUUUCCGGAAACGUCUCCGCCACCAGUCUGAAAGACGUGGAACACGUUGGGUUUUCUGUCUCUCUGAGAGACAUGGUUUUAUAUUAGGAUGGUAAA